GAAGACUUUCAGGUGAGAGGUGAAAAGCCUUCAGGUUCCAAGAUAGGAAGUCCUGUUGCUUUAUAUGUACGCAUUUCUGGAUUGCGGACUCAUAAGACGGCCAACAAUCAUGAUGAAAAACUGGAUCCCUUUUUAUGCUCUCCUGCUGCUCAUUUCAGUCCAUGCAGAUGUUGUGGAGCGUUUUGAGGACGUGCCAGAAUGCAUGGAAUACUUUUAUAAAGAGAAGGUUCCAGUAUGGGGGGCUUCUAGACCUGGUGCAGCUCAUCUCUGCCAGCGCUUUGCCAACAGGUACCACUUUGCCACGCUAUAUGACACCAACAAUCGCAUUGCUGUCUACUCUGCUUAUGUAUUCGAGCCCAGUAAUGGUGGCGGCAGGGAGAAAAGGUGGUUUGUAGAGCCUCAGCUUGUGAAUAUGUCCUGGGAUGCUGAAAUGAAGGAUGGCUACUGGCUGGGGAGGGACAAUCCUGGGAUUUAUCUGGGAGAGAAGCAAGCCCUAAAUGAGGACUACACACACUCUGGCUUUGACCGUGGCCACCUCAACCCCAAUGGACACCAUCCAGUUCCCAGCCGCAACGCCACUUUCACCUUAACAAAUGUGAUUCCUCAAAACCCCAAACUGAAUCAAAAUGCCUGGAGAAUCCAUGAGAGCCAACUCACAGAACUCUUCCAAGCUACAUGUUCAAAGGCCUAUGUGCUGGUCGGAGCCAUUCCCUCUGUAAACAACUGGAUUAUCAAAAACAACGUGAAGCGUGUCAACAUCCCAGAGCACAUAUGGAAUGCCUUUUGCUGCGUGGACAACAACGGUCGGCCCAUUCAGAGCGGUGCAGGGGCAGCAAGGAACACUGAAGAAAACUGGGUCGAAAAGCUCUCUCUGACUGAACUGGGAAACUUCCUGCAACAGUUCUCUAAUGAACCAGUAGGGGAGUUGUUUUACAACAACUGCAAGGCCUAAAAGUUAGGCAAAAAAUCAUUUAAAAAAAAAAAAAGGUUUGGCCCUCAUCUUUAUUUUUACUGCUAUAGUAGAUUUGAAAAACCCAAAUUCUUUUUUUCAAUUGUUGACUUAGUAUUGGUAGUAAGAAAGAAAUCCCUUUUUUUGUCAAAAAUAAAACAUAUAAUCUUUUUCACAGUCAAAUAAAUUCACACAAUGAUGUUGCACAGAAUGAAUGCACAGAAUUACUGUUUCUUUUGCAGUUCCCUGCAAUACAGACUAGAAAUAAAUGAAGUUGCUAAAUGGCUCAAAUCUUUUAGUAUCCAAAUGAGAAGACAGUUCUUUAGAGUCAACAUAAAAAUAGUAAAUCAUGAGCAUUUACAGUGAUUCCAAAAAAAGGUGAUUGAUUUCUUGCUGCAUAGAUAUGCUUAUGGGAGUAGUUACAGAUGUAACUUUAGCUUGAGGAGUAUUUAAAAUAAUAUUGUCCUGUCAUAAGUAUCAUGCAACGUUCUAUAUGUAAAUAAAAAGUAACAUUUUAAUACAUAUUUCGAAAAUGUCAUAGCUUCAGUGCUGUCCUGGAAAUACAAUCUUGGAGAACUUCAACAAAAUUUGGUGAUUCCGCCAAAUCACAUCUGGAAAAAAACAAACAUUGCAGCUUUUGCAGUAUAAUUUACUCAAAUUUAAUAACCAAAAACUGACUUGAUCAUAUUUCAAAAGGUUUUCACUUUUAUCUAUCAAGGCACAAUAAACCAUUUU